GGAACAUGCCUGGCAUGAGUGGCUGGUGAAACAUGGCGUCUGCUGCUGGGUCUAUUUUAGCUAACUGAUUAGCAAGCUAGCUAUAUUCAAAGGCUUUGACGAUAUUACUGUGAAUAGCAGUAGCUACAUUUUCAGUACAAUAAUAUCUUAAUUGCAAUAUAUUUCAAUAUGUCGGACUCAGAAGAGGACAGUCAAGAUAAGCAACUUAAAAUUGUAGUCAUCGGAGACGGCGCAUCGGGGAAGACAUCACUCGCCACCCGGUUUGCGCAAGAGGCCUUUGGGAAACAGUACAAACAGACCAUUGGCCUGGAUUUCUUUCUGAAGAGAAUAACUCUGCCAGGCAACUUGAAUGUUACCCUGCAAGUGUGGGAUAUUGGAGGUCAAACGAUUGGAGGGAAAAUGCUGGAUAAAUAUGUCUAUGGUGCUCAGGGUGUUCUUCUAGUGUACGACAUUACAAACUUCCAGAGCUUUAAGAAUCUGGAGGACUGGUAUGGCAUGGUCAAGAAGGCCAAUGAAGAGUGUGACGUACAGCCUGUGGUCUCCCUGGUGGGAAACAAAAUCGACCUUGAGCAUAUGAGGACAGUGAAGGCUGACAAACACCAGCGCUUCUGCCAAGAGAACAGCCUCAUCAGUCAGUUCGUAUCUGCCAAGUCUGGAGACUCGGUGUUCCUGGCAUUUCAGAGAGUGGCUGCAGAGAUUCUGGGGGUGAAGCUCAAUAAAGCGGAGAUGGAGCAGUCCCAGAGGAUCGUGAAAGCUGAGCUGGUGGACUACCCUCAGGACGAAGCCCCCAUUAGACAAGAGACCAAUCAGAGCAAAAUCUGUUCUGUUCAAUAAUUGGAAUGUGUGGUGAAGGCAGAUAUCGUGAACUACAGUCAAGAGCCUGUGGCGAGGACAGUCAACCCCCCGCGCAGCUCCAUUUGUGUGGUGCAGUGACCCCCUCUCCCCCCACCUUCCCUCUUGCCCCUCCACAAGCUGAAUACAGCAGUGAGGGCCACUGACCAGCAGGCUGCCCCAACACACUGGCCCAUAGCCAGAGCAGGAGAAUUGGGCUGGCCUGCUUCUUUCUGCUGAACACACACACACUGAUUCCUCCCUUUGCUCUCUCAACGCACAAGUCUUCAGAAAGGCUGUAUAUCAGUAUUUCCUUUUUUAAAAGGUUUUUAGGGUCAUCGGACCAAGUGCGGCAUAUUUUAAGAUUUCAAUAUGAGAAUCUCUCUGUAUGUCCAGUAUGUAAAUUUACAGCGACCCCACAGUAUAUUCCUGGUUUCAGUAUUUCAUAUAUUUUCUUGAAUUAUUUUUUGAGUAGUAACCAGCUUUGGCUACAGCAGACACCUGUUGAAAGUUAUGCUGAAAGGAAAUGGGACCUCCAUUUUUUUUUUGCAGUUUAAACACAUUUGUCAGUGUUUAUUUUAUUUUUGAGAAACUGUUACUAUUUUGACAUCUUUUUUUCUACUAUCUUCAUUGUCAAUUAUUCUUUAAAUGACCAUUUGAUUGUAUAUAGAUACGAAAAGUUGGUUUCUAUAACAGAAAAAUAUACAUAAACCACUGUUUUCCAAAAUGUAAUUUUAAUGAUAGAAUGUGUUUUCCCUCUGCUAUUGUGUAUACAGAUGCCAUAUCUUAAUUUGAUCAUCCUGUUGUUGCAGGAACUUUCCUGCAAACUUGUAGUGUUUUCGACAUUUAAAAAGGCUUCUAAAGCUAGUAUUUUCCACUUUCAGACUUACUUUGCCGUAACGGAAAAUGUAUCAACCCCUACAAAAAAUGUCCAUUAAUUAUAAUCACAUAACAAUUAACAAUUCCUGUUGCUGAUAUAUUGACUUUGUCUCGGGCCUAGCAACACCCGUGUCAAUAUAUCCUCCAAACACCGGCUACUCGGGCAUCAUUACUUAAAUAUACCACGGCUUUCAGCUAAUCAGCAUCCAGGAGCCGAACUACCCGGUUUAUAAUCUUGAUUUGAUCACUCCUUUGUUGAUGAGAAUUUUUCUGCGCCGCAGGAAAUGCAGAUGAACUUUGUGAUUUACAUAAAUUCACUGAAAACCCACACCAACACACAGUUAUAUUAGCAGUGUUGCAUUUUUCGUGUAGCCUCAUUUUGCCCAACCACCAAUCAAGCAACAUUAUGGACUAAACUUUCAAAUCCUGUUGCUGCAGGAUUAUUUUGCUACGACAAUACUGUUCAAAGUAAGAUCCAACAUCUGUAAAAACAAUGUGCUGAAUGUAAAAUGAACCGCUGGCUUUAUUUAGAGUGUGCUCAAGGAAUAUGUCACUAUAAAAUAUAGCUUCUGCAUUCUUAGUGCUCUACACAGUGCCCUUCUAAAAGGAAAGGUUUAGAUGUUUAGGCACUGUAGUCAAUGGAAACUAGUUUUAUUUCACUUGCCAAUUAGCAGCUUGCUUGAACAACUGUGAUUUCCCAUUACUUUCAAGACGUAAUAAUAACAUUAAUAACAGAUGUUAGUUAGAAAAAAUAAACUUUGAUUUAACCUGAUCAAUCAGGAAUUUCAGUUUUUCUGCCACUCUACAUUUGUGAAAUUGACCAAUUACCCAAAAAGUAUCUAUUUUCCUGAUUUAUAUUUUUGUGUUGAUAACAUCUUUAAUUGAAGCAUCAUUCAGUUUCAUGUGAUGCAUAUCAAGACCGUAUUUUUGUGGAAAACCUAUGUAGUCCUAGUUGAAAUAUAUUUGGCAUUGAACAAUUCUGUUGCUAUUUUUAACCUUGAAUGGAUAAAAAUAGAAAUAUGAACUGGAGUAGCUUAAAGGUAUGAUAAUUCAUCUUAGCUGUAUGUUUAUAACCUUACUCAACUGUCUGUUGUAGAACAGAAAAGACUGCCAUGAAGAACUGCCAUAGGAUCUUCAUCUUGUCCAAACAAGCUGAAUAACAGCCAACUUACACUCUUAUAGAAAAAUGUUAUAUCUAUAACCUAAAAGGGUUCUUUGUCUGUUCCCAUGGGAGAACCGUUUCAAUAAAUAUGUUGGGUUCCAUGUAGAACCCUUUCCACGGUUCCCCCAUGGGUACAGCCAAACCAUUUUUUGGAACCCUUUUUUCAAAGAGUGUAUACAUACAUAAAUUAUAGGCAUGUGUUUGUACUCGUCCCUGCUUUGUCUUGUAGUUUGUAUUUGUCAAAAUGUUUUCUUCGACCGCUAUGUUGUACUUGCACACAGAGGAUGUCAACAUUUUGUAUUUGUAGUACAACAGAAAAUACAUGACAGGACAUGGUUGGAUUUUACUCUGUAAACCACAGUGUUGUGUAAAUUAUAUAUUUGUAAAUCAUCUGCAUUGUUUUGUGGAAGAUCUUAUUUAUAAAAUGCUGCUCACAUUUCAGUGAGAUGUCAAGAACUCCUCUCGUUGGAUGCCUCUGUCAUAAACACAAUCUAAAAGUUAAGUAUGAAAAAUAAUGGUAUAUCCUCUGUAGACUUAGAAAAUGGUUGUUUUAAUGAACAUUCAAAAGUGGUACAGACAUAAUGUUUGUAUAUAAACAAAAGUGCAAUAGUUUAUAUAUUAUUACUGAUGCAUAUAGUUUCCUAGGUGGAUUUCAGGAAAUAAUUAUAUUAGUUUGUGAGGUUAGUGUGAGUGUAUGCUUCAUUACCUGUGUGUGUGUGCGCGUGUAUGUGCACGUGCGCUGUCAUGCCGGCGCACACACUUGUAAUUGAUUGACAUGACUGAUGAUGACUGAUCACAAUGUGAUUUUCCAACAUAUUGCUGUACAUUGGUCUGGACACACAAUGUGCUUAAUUUGUGCAUAUUUAUCCUGUAAAACACCAUUAUCUAAAACGGA